UCGUACGCUGGAUCUCAUUUAUGUGAACGCAGUGACUGUGGAUGUUCGUGGUGUGACUUUCUCGCAGUAGGCCAGUGCCUGACAUCUUUCAUUUGUGGUCUGUGCGCGAUCGCGAGUUUUGGAAAAAUGCGAUGAAAUUCAAUGUAUAGCGACGUGCCUUCGCGAAAUCGGCCAUUUUGGUAGUGCGUGUUUCGCGAAAACGGAUAGGAUCACUUCUGGCAGCUACCCUCGACGGUUGUGUGUGGAAGUGGUGGCAGCUCGGUGUCGCCCACAGGACACAGCUGUAAAACUGAAAACGAUCGUGUUCUUGGGCUAGUGAGCAAACAGCCUAAACAAAAUGUCAGGAAAUACGGGUAUGGAACAAUUAAUCCCAAUCGUGAACAAGCUGCAAGAUGCAUUCACACAACUUGGGGUGCACAUGCAACUUGAUCUCCCACAGAUCGCAGUGGUGGGUGGUCAGAGUGCAGGAAAAAGUUCUGUUCUUGAAAACUUUGUUGGAAGGGACUUCUUACCUAGAGGAUCUGGCAUUGUAACCAGACGACCACUUAUCUUGCAGCUGAUUAACAGUACAAGUGAAUAUGCUGAGUUUUUACAUUGUAAAGGUAAAAAGUUUGUGGAUUUUGAUGAAGUAUGGAAGGAAAUCGAAGCUGAAACUGACAGAGUUACAGGCAGUAAUAAGGGUAUUUCUAAUAUACCAAUAAAUUUAAGAAUAUAUUCGCCUAAUGUUCUAAAUUUGACAUUAAUUGAUUUACCUGGCCUCACAAAAAUACCAAUUGGAGAUCAACCAGCAGAUAUUGAAGCUCAAAUUAAAGCUAUGAUUUUUCAAUUUAUCAAAAAAGAAAAUUGUCUUAUAUUGGCAGUAACUCCAGCAAAUACUGAUUUAGCAAAUAGUGAUGCUCUCAAACUUGCUAAGGAAGUAGAUCCUCAAGGUGUUCGUACAAUUGGUGUUAUUACAAAAUUGGAUCUUAUGGAUGAUGGUACUGAUGCAAGGGAUAUUUUGGAAAACAAAUUACUACCCUUAAGACGUGGUUAUAUAGGUGUUAUUAACAGAAGUCAAAAAGACAUCGAAGGUCGAAAAGAUAUUAAAAGUGCUCUAGGAGCAGAAAGGAAAUUUUUCUUAAGCCAUCCAUCUUACCGACACCUAGCAGACAGAUUAGGAACACCAUAUUUGCAACGUGUUUUAAAUCAACAAUUAACCAAUCAUAUCAGAGAUACUUUACCAGCAUUAAGAGAUAGAUUGCAAAAACAAUUACUUGCACUGGAGAAGGAUGUAGAACAAUACAAACAUUUUAGGCUUGAUGACCCUGCCAUAAAGACUAAAGCUAUGUUGCAGAUGAUACAACAGCUCCAGUCAAACUUUGAAAGGAUUAUAGAAGGUUCAGGAUCUGCACAAAUCAAUACAAACGAACUUAGUGGAGGUGCUAAAAUAAACAGAUUAUUCCAUGAACGUUUUCCAUUUGAGAUAGUUAAAAUGGAAUUUGAUGAAAAAGAACUGAGGAAAGAAAUUGCUUUUGCUAUUAGGAAUAUUCAUGGUAUCAGGGUAGGUUUGUUUACGCCUGAUAUGGCCUUUGAGGCAAUAGUCAAGAAACAAAUCACUAGACUCAAAGAACCUAGUCUAAAAUGCGUGGAUUUAGUUGUACAGGAACUCAGUAAUGUCGUACGCAUUUGUACCGAUAGGAUGUCACGUUACCCUAGAUUGAGAGAAGAAACGGAACGUAUUAUAACUACCCAUAUUAGACAACGAGAACAGAUGUGUAAGGAACAAUUGGUACUCUUGGUUGAUUGUGAACUUGCGUAUAUGAACACAAAUCAUGAAGAUUUUAUUGGUUUUGCCAACGCGGCAGCCAGUAGCCAUAAUGCAAGUGCACAACAAUCUUCAGAAAAUGCUGUUAAGUCUGGUCGUCAUACUUUAGGCAAUCAAGUUAUACGCAAGGGGUACAUGUGUAUCCACAAUCUUAGUAUAAUGAAGGGUGGAUCAAGAGAUUAUUGGUUUGUCUUAACAUCAGAGAAUAUUUCUUGGUAUAAAGAUGAAGAAGAACGCGAGAAGAAGUACAUGCUACUUUUAGAUGGACUGAAAUUGCGUGAUUUGGAACAAGGAUUCAUGUCCCGACGUCAUUUGUUUGCUUUGUUUAAUCCAGAAGGCAGAAAUGUUUAUAAGGAUUACAAACAGCUUGAAUUAAGCUGUGAAACUCAAGAUGAAGUUGAUUCAUGGAAAGCCUCUUUCCUCAGAGCUGGUGUAUACCCUGAAAAAUCAACAGAACAAGCAAACGGUGAAGGAGAGGAAGGAUAUGAGGGAGGAUCAGAAGCUCAGUCAUCGAUGGAUCCUCAACUUGAACGUCAAGUGGAGACCAUUAGAAAUCUAGUAGAUUCGUACAUGAAAAUUGUUACAAAAACAACUCGCGAUUUAGUUCCAAAGACAAUUAUGCAUUUGAUUAUUAACAAUGCAAAAGAUUUCAUUAAUGGAGAGCUGCUAGCACAUCUGUAUGCAAGUGGUGAUCAGGCUUCAAUGAUGGAAGAAUCUCCCGAAGAAGCACAAAAACGAGAAGAAAUGUUACGGAUGUAUCAUGCUUGCAAAGAGGCGCUUCGUAUUAUUGGGGAUGUUUCAAUGGCGACGGUAUCCACUCCAGUGCCACCACCGGUGAAAAAUGACUGGUUAGCAUCUGGCGAAAAUCCAAGUCUUGGGUUAUCACCACCAUCUCCUGGUGGACCAAGACGUGGAGUGACACAGCCACCACCUCUUUCUAGUUCUCGAGUUCCACCUCCGGUUCCGACGGGUGGCCGACCAGCACCGGCUAUUCCUAACCGACCUGGGCCCGGUGGACCCCCGCCAGCUCGUGCUACACCUGGCCUACCUCCUCCUCUUAUACCAUCUCGUGGGGGUGGUCUUCAGCAGAGGGUGACUCAAGCUGCGACGCAGGCCGCUGCUAAUGCUGCCGUGAACGAGCUGAUGGAUGCAUUCAAGAUCAAGCGUCCCGUACCCAAUAUUCCUCCCCGAAUUCCCGACAGACCGUACUACGGCCGAUUAAACUGAGCUAGUCCAUGGAAAGCACAUGACACCUGUGCACAUCCACGCCCGAGAGUAUUCGAAGAGUUACAUUCUGAAACAAGCCGAUGAGCGGGACACGAAAAGCCGAGCUCAGAGCAAAACACUGGAAUGUGCCGCCCAAAUGCAUUAAUAAGUGGGUGGCGAUGAAAAUCCGGGUGAGAAUCCUCUCCAGGACCAGGACGUGUCCUUUUUAGAUCUGUGCCCUCCUUUAAAUCCCGGCUAUGUCGUUGCACAAAAAUUCUUGUCGUCUUCGUCGAUUGUGAAGAGGAAGAUCCACAAGAAGGGGAGGGCCGUGAUCUUAGACGGAGUAGGAGGAACAAGGCUGUGCCACAAAAACAAAACGGAAGAGAAAGAGGGACCAAGAAAUGAACACCAAAACGGCCAGAACGCAAGGGAAGACGGUGUCUGCUAGUCUGUUAUUGCUCUAUGGUCAACAGCCGGAGAUUAAAUCAGUCACUUCUACUUCUUCUUUCUCUGAUAUUUCGUCUUCUAUGUUAUUUAUAAUACCGUUAGACGCGUUAGGUUAUGUGUUAGAUGUUAAGUAUUAAGAUAGUCGAUGCGCCCGAUGCGCGCGACGAACGCUGGAGGAACGAUUGUUAGCUCGUAUCGGUGAUAAGAAGGGUCCUUCGGCGAGAAGCGGCGCGAUUAUUCUUUGUCAUUAGCGAUUUCGUCUUUUUUUCAUUAACGUUUAUCAGUAUUAUAGAUAAGAACCGAAAUUGAGAUGUGUAUCGCUCAUUCUCGCGGGUCAUAUGUAUUCAGGAACAGUAGUAGUUGUUGAUGUUCGUUGCUAACCUAUUAGGUCGCGUAAAACGGUCAGGAUCUGUUUCCAAUGGUAUGUCAUAAAAAUUAAACGUAAGAAGAAGUAUAAGAAGAUUGUAAUUCGAUAGUCGUCUGUACUCGCUUCUUCUCCGAAGACCCACGGACAAGGUAUUGUUCAAAUGAGAUUCGUAGGCGACGUAACGUGCAACCCGAUUACCUCGAUUUUAGGAAAACUUACUAGAGCAAAAGAGUACACACGGUUCACCUUACGACACGUUUAAUAAUCGAUGGGUGAACGAAAUGCGAGAUGAUAUUCGAUCGACAACAGCAUUCCAGAAACGCCUGUGUGCAAGUCUAUUGCGAGAAAAGAAAAGAAAAAAAGAACAUAUAUAUAAGUACAUAUAUAUACAGAAUGAGGGAAACUACGAAUCAUUGUGAUGAUCAUGUUAAAUGCAACAGUCCCUUUUUGUACGGUUAAUUUAUUGAAGUACGAUAACGAUGCCAUUUUACAGCUCGAAUUUAGCAAACAAUACGAUAUAAUUUACGGAACAACGAAUCACGGAACGGAAAUUCUCUAAUCGGUUCUUUUCGCGGUUUGAAAAAACGCGGGAACGAAACUUAGGUGUACAUGUAACGCGCGAAAUUCUUCGUCGAUGUUUGCGCGAUAAUGUUAAUCAUUUUUAUCUAUUUUUAUUGUUAUUUUUGCAUCUUGACGCGGUAAUUGUUAUAACGCUUUUUGGAGGAACCCGAUGCGGGAAAGCCAAAAUCUGCGCCUGUCCUGUGAAAAAUGAUAAUUAUUUUAAAACGGAGGCCAAUGUCAUAGAAAAGGGUAAUAAAUAAUUGUACAUAUUAAAAAUACGAGUAUAGUAUUACGUGUCGAUUUACGUGCUAGGGAGAAAGAGUUCUCUUUCUUUCUCCCUCCUCCUCUUUUUUUUCCAUUUUGUAUUAAACCAAACAUCACGCGUCGAUCCGUUAUGAUACACGACACCGACUGACGACUAAUGUACCUAGACAUA